UGGGAAGCGUGUCCCUCUCGGGAUGCCGUAGUUACACACCCUCCGCGGCUAGGCCCUGGGCCAGCAUGGCGGCCUCCGAGUCCGUCGCGGCUGUCAUUCCAGGCACCGUGGAGGGCGAGGAGGAGACGAUUCUUUACGACUUGUUGGUCAACACCGAGUGGCCCCCGGAGACAGAAGUGCAGCCUAGAGGCAACCGAAAACAUGAUGAGUCUUUUAUCAUCACAAAAGCAAUUAGAGAUCGUUUAUUAUUUUUACGCCAAUACAUCUGGUACAGCCCUGCACCUUUUUUGCUCCCUGAUGGACUGGUUCGCUUGGUUAAUAAACAGAUAAACUGGCAUAUGGCCCUUGCAAGCAACGGAAAGCUUCUGGCUGCUGUGCAAGAUCAGUGCGUGGAGAUCAGGUCUGCAAAAGAUGAUUUUACGUCUAUUAUCGGGAAAUGUCAAGUUCCCAAAGACCCCAAACCUCAGUGGAGACGUGUAGCGUGGAGUUAUGAUUGUACCCUGCUGGCCUGUGCAGAAAGCACAGGAACCGUGAGGGUGUUUGAUCUCAUGGGAAGUGAACUCUUUGUUAUUGCCCCGGCAUCUAAUUUAGCUGGUGAUUUGAGCUAUGCCAUUGCCGGGUUGAUAUUUUUAGAGUAUAAGGCAAGUGCACAGUGGUCUGCAGAACUCUUAGUCAUCAAUUACCGAGGAGAACUUAGGAGUUACCUUGUAAGUGUUGGAACAAAUCAGAGCUAUCGAGAGAGUCACUGCUUCAACUUUGGUAGCCAUUAUGCUCAUGGGAUCAACACAGCUGUCUACCAUCCUGGCUACAGACUUUUACUGGUUGGUGGAUGUGAAACGGCUGGAGUGGGCAUAUCAAAAGCUUCCAGCUGUGGCCUUUCUGCCUGGCGAGUUCUUUCAGGGUCACCUUAUUACAAGCAGGUUACUAAUGGUGGAGACACGGUCACUGCAGUACCAAAGACACUGGGAUUAUUAAGGAUGUUAAGUGCCAAGUUUUACAGUCGCCCAGGACAAGAACAGGACGGGAUCUUUAGGAUGAGCCUUUCUCCAGAUGGUUCCCUCCUUGCAGCCAUUCACUUCUCUGGGAAGCUGAGCAUCUGGGCCAUUCCAUCUCUGAAGCAGCAAGGGGAAUGGCAUCAAAACGAGCAGCCAGGCUUUGAUGACCUUAAUCCUGCUUGGAGACUCUCUGCUGAAAAGAGAAAAAAAAUCAAAGAUAAAGGGUCUUUUUACCCACUGAUAGAUGUAAAUUGGUGGGCAGACAACGCGGUGACUUUGGCUCGCUGCUCUGGUGCUUUGACUGUUUCUUCAGUGAAAACUUUGAAGAAUUUACUGGGAAAAUCCUGUGAAUGGUUUGAACCGUCACCUCAAGUCACUGCUACCCAUGAUGGGGGAUUUUUAAGUUUGGAGUGCGAGAUUAAACUUGCCCCCAAACGAUCUCGUUUGGAGACGAGGGGUGGGGAAGACGACAGAGAAGAGGAUUCUGAUUCUGAUCAGGAAAUGUCUGCCAAGGCUCGCUACUUUGGUUACGUAAAACAGGGUCUGUACUUAGUGACAGAAAUGGAGCGAUUCGCACCCCUCCGGAGACGCCCGCGAACCUUUACGAAAAACUAUCGCCUUGUGAGUUUGCGCUCCACAACUCCGGAGGAGCUGUACCAGCGGAAGAUCGAAAGUGAAGAGUACGAGGAAGCCUUGUCUCUGGCUCAGACCUAUGGCCUGGAUACUGACCUCGUGUACCAGAGGCAGUGGAGGAAGUCAGCAGUCAACAUUGCUUCAAUUCAGAAUUACCUGAGUAAAAUAAAGAAGCGAUCCUGGGUUCUUCACGAGUGUUUGGAAAGAGUUCCUGAAAAUGUGGAUGCUGCGAAAGAACUGCUUCAGUACGGCUUAAAAGGCACAGACCUGGAGGUUCUUUUGGCACUUGGGAAAGGAUCGGAUGACGGCAGAUUUGCAUUACCUGAUGAAGUAGACAUUGACGGGGUCUCUUAUGAGGACCUUUUACCCCCCGACGAAGAGCCUGCCGCGAAGAAAAAGAAGGCACUCAAGAAGAGACGAGAACUACUGAAAUUAGUGAACUUUUCAAAGUUAACACUGGAACAAAAGGAACUCUGCCGUUAUCGACUGAGAUUAUUAACCUACUUAGAUCGGCUUGCGACGUACGAGGAAAUCCUAGGAGUGUCUCAUGCAUCUGAACAGAGAUAUGAUGCCGAAUUCUUUAAGAAGUUCAGAAAUCAGAAUAUUGUUCUCUCAGCAAGAACUUACGCUCGGGAAAGUAACGUACAAGCCCUAGAAAUUCUGUUCACGUAUCACGGAUCAGACCUGCUUCCUCAUCGCCUCGCGAUUCUCUCCAACUUUCCAGAGACCACUUCUCCUCACGAAUAUUCCUUUUUGCUUCCCGAAGCUUGUUAUGACGGCGACUCGUUGAUGAUCAUCCCUUGGCACGAACGUAAACAUCGAGAUAAAGAUUGGUGUGAGGAGUCCGAGUGCAGAAUGGCGGCCGAACCGAGUCUCCAAGAUGACAGUGAAUUUUUGUACGCUGCACAGCCCGAGUUGCUGAGGUACAAGGCAACCCAGCUCGCGGUCGAGGAUGUUAUAGACUGGUAUCAGACCAGGGCGGAGGAAAUAGAGCAUUACGCUCGACAGGUCGACUGCGCACUGUCACUCGUUCGACUUGGGAUGGAGCGGAACGUCCCUGACUUGCUGGUUCUGUGUGAUAAUUUGGUCACCCUGGAAGCAUUGGUUUAUGAAGCCGGGUGCGAUUUAACCUUAACCUUGAAAGAACUUCAGCAGAUGAAAGACAUCGAAAAACUAAGAUUACUAAUGAACACUUGUUCCGAGGACAAGUACGUGACAAGUGCCUACCAAUGGAUGGUUCCCUUUCUUCACCGCUGUGAGAAACAGUCUCCUGGUGUGGCUAAGGAGCUAUUAAAAGAAUAUUUAGUAACUUUAGCCAAAGGGGACUUAAAACUUCCCCUGAAGAUAUUUCAGCAUUCCAAACCAGAUCUGCAGAAGAAAAUUAUUCCUGAUCAGGACCAACUGAUGGCAGUAGCAUUAGAAUGCAUCUAUAACUGUGAACGAAGCGAUCAGCUUUCGCUUUGCUAUGACAUAUUAGAAUGUCUACCACAAAGAGGUUAUGGCGAUAAGACAGAGAUUACCACAACUCUUCAUGACAUGGUAGACCAACUGGAACAAAUUCUCAGUGUGUCAGAGCUCUUGGAGAAACAUGGCCUUGAGAAACCAAUUUCAUUUGUUAAAAACACUCAGUCUAGCUCAGAAGAGGCGCAGAAGCUGAUGGUUAGAUUGACCAGGCACACCGGACGGAAGCAGCCUCCUGCCAGUGAGUCUCAUUGGAGAAUGUUGCUGCAAGACAUGUUAGCUAUGCAGCAGAAUGUUUACACGUGUCUAGAUCCUGCUGCUUGCUAUGAGAUAUUUACAGAAAGCCUUCUGUGUUCCAGUCGCCUUGAAAAUAUUCACCUGGCUGGGCAGAUGAUGCACUGCAGUGCUUGCUCAAUGAAUCCGCCACCCAGCGUGGCCCAGAAAGGCAAAACCCAGUAUAGGGUCAGCUACGAGAAGAGUAUUGACUUGGUUUUGGCUGCCAGCAGAGAGUAUUUCAAUUCCUCCACCAGCCUCACAGAUAGCUGCAUGGAUCUGGCCAGGUGCUGCUUACAGCUGAUAACAGAUAGACCUGCUGUUAUUCAAGAAGAGCUAGAUCUUAUCCAAGCCCUUGGAUGUCUUGAAGAAUUUGGGGUAAAGAUCCUGCCUUUGCAAGUGCGACUGUGCUCUGAUCGGGUCAGCCUCAUCCAGGAGUGCAUUUGCCAGUCCCCGACCUGCUACAAGCAAUCCGCUCAGCUGCUGGGCCUCGCUGAGUUGCUGAGGGUAGCCGGUGAAGACCCAGAAGAAAGGCGUGGCCAGGUUCUGAUCCUUCUAGUUGAGCAGGCACUUCGUUUCCAUGACUACAAAGCAGCCAAUGUGCAUUGCCAAGAGCUGAUGGCCACAGGCUAUUCUAAAAGUUGGGAUGUCUGUAGCCAGCUAGGACAAUCAGAAGGCUACCAGGACUUGGCCACUCGUCAAGAGCUCAUGGCUUUUGCUUUGACACACUGCCCUCCGAGCAGCAUUGAACUUCUUCUGGCGGCGAGCAGCUCUCUGCAGACAGAAAUUCUUUAUCGAAGAGUGAAUUUCCAGAUCCAUCCAGAAGGAGGAGAUGAAGUGAGUGUUUCGGGUAGCAACUCAGCUGACCUGUUCCACUGGACCACCGCUACCACCAUGAAGGUUCUUUCCAACACCACGACCACCACCAAGGCUGUGCUGCAGGCGGUCAGCGAUGGGCAGUGGUGGAAGAAGUCUUUAACUUACCUUCGACCCCUUCAGGGGCAAGAAUUUGAUGGUGCUUAUCGAAUCGGAACCAUAGCCAAUGAAGAUCUAGAAAAACAAGGCUGUCAUCCUUUUUAUGAAUCUGUCAUAUCCAACCCCUUCGUCACAGAGUCUGAAGUAACCUAUGACACGUAUCAGCAUGUCCCAGGAGAAAGUUUUGCAGAAGUAUUGCUGAGAACUGGAAAACUGGCAGAAACUAAAAGUGAAGGAGAAGAAGUAUUUCCAACAACAGAAGUUCUCUUGCAACUAGCAAGUGAAGCUUUACCAAAUGACAUGACCUUGGCUCUCGCUUAUCUCCUCGCCUUACCACAGGUGUUAGAUGCGAACAGGUGCUUUGAAAAGCAGGCCCACUCUGCUUUAUCUCUCCAGCUGGCAGCAUAUUACUACAGCCUCCAGAUCUACGCCCAGUUGGCUCCCUGUUUCAGGGACAAGUGCCAUCCUCUGUACAGGGCUGAUCCUAAAGAGCUAAUCAAGAUGGUCACCAGGCAUGUGACCCGAUACGGAUACGAAGCCUGGCCCGAGGACCUCGUUGCACUGACCAAGCAACUACACUACUACAAUGAGCGUCUCCUGGAUUUUACUCAGGCUCAGGUCCUUCAGGGCCUGCGGAAGGGCGUGGAUGUGCAGCGGUUUACUGCGGACGACCAGUACAAGAGGGAGACCAUCCUUGGGCUGGCAGAGACGCUCGAGGAGAACGUCUACAGCGUUGCCCUUUCUCUGGCACAGCGUUACGGCGUCUCCCGUUGGGAAAUUUUCAUGACCCACUUGGAGUUCUUGUUCACUGACAGUGGUUUGUCCACAGUAGAAAUUGAAAAUCGAGCCCAAACCCUUCAUCUCUUUGAGACUCUGAAGACUGAUCCCGAAACCUUUCACAGGCACAUGGUCAAGUAUAUUUAUCCCAGUAUUGAUGGCUUUGAUCAUGAAAGGCUGCUGUAUUAUUUUACUCUUCUGGAAAGCUUUGGCUGUGCAGAUUUUGGGAAAUAUGCCAUUAAACCGGAAACCCACAUUCGGCUGCUGAAGAAAUUUAAAGUAGUAGCAUCAGGCCUUAAUUACAAGAAACUGACAGAUGAAAACAUGAAUCCUCUCAAAGCACUGGAGCCAGUUCUUUCAAGUCAAAAUAUCUUAUCUAUUUCCAAACUUGUUCCCAAAAUCCCCGACAAGGAUGGACGGAUGCUGUCCCCAAGCUCUCUGUACACCAUCUGGUUACAGAAGCUGUUCUGGACUGGAGACCCUCACCUCGCCAGGCCAUCCCCGGAGCCCUCGUCAGCGUGGCUUCACGCCUGUGAGGUCUGCGUCAAGUACUUCGAUCGCCUCCACCCGGCCGACCUCAUCACUGUGGUGGACGCAAUUACAUUUUCUCCCAAAGCUGUGACCAAGCUAUCUGUGGAAGAACGUAAAGAGAUGACUAGAAUGGCUAUUAAGACAGUCAAACAUUUUAUUGAGAAGCCAAAGAAAAGAAAUUUGGAAGAAAACAUUGAAGAAGCUAAUGAUUCUAAAAUGACCUACAUAGAUACCUUGAAUCAUCUGGAGAAAUCACUUGCUCACCUGGAAACUCUCAACCAUAGCUUCAUUGUUUCUCUGAAGAAUAGUGAGCAGGAAAUCCUGCAGAAAUACAGUAACCUCUAUGAUCUGUCCCGAUCAGAAAGCGGGAAGCUCCAUGAUCAAGCUGUGGCCAUGUGUUUAGAUGGCCAGCCUCUAAGAAUGAUUCAGCAGCUGCUAGAGGUGGCCGUAGGCCCUCUUGACCUCUCGCCCAAGGAUAUAGUACAGAGUGCAAUAAUGAAGAUAAUUUCUGCAUUGAGCGGAAGCAGCGCUGACCUCGGUGGGCCAGGGGACCCGCUUCAGGUCCUGGAAGGUGUUGUUGCAGCCGUCCACGCCAGUGUGGACAAGGGGGAAGAGCUGGUUUCCUCCGAGGACCUGCUGGAGUGGCUGCGGCCUUUCUGCGCUGAUGACGCCUUGCCCGUGAGGCCCCGCAUCUACGUGCUGCAGAUCUUGGGACAGUCCUUUCACCUGAGUGAGGAGGACAGCAAGCUCCUGGUGUUCUUCAGAACAGAAACCAUUCUCAAAGCCACUUGGCCCCAGAGACAGGUGGACAUAACCGAUAUCGAAAAUGAAGAGAACCGCUACUCUCUCUUUGUGGAGCUCCUGGAGUCCAGUCAUCAAGAGGCUGAGUUCCAGCACUUGGUCUUGCUCUUGCAAGCAUGGCCACCUAUGAGUCGUGACUAUGUAAGCAGCAUAACGAAUAAUCCUUGGAUGAGACUAGCUACGGCGAUGCUAACCAGAUGUACGGUGGAGAACAAAGAAGGACUGGGGAGUGAAGUUUUGAAAAUCUGUCGCUCUUUAUAUAACACCAAGCAGAUGCUCCCUGCAGAGGGCGUGAAGGAGCUGAGUGCGCUGCUCUGGAACCAGUCCCUCCUGCUGCCAUCCCUGAAACUGCUCCUCGAAGGCCAGGACGAGACCCUCCAUGCCGUGGCCCUGGAGCACGUCGCCAGCGUGGCCGAGGUGAAUGACUCGAACUGUGACCGAGAACUUCUUUCCCUGCUCCUGGACGCCAAGCUGCUGGGGCCGUGCGUCUCCACAGCCUUCUACCCGCGUAUCGUUGAGCACCUCUUGGCCAGCCAGCAAGGGCGCUGGGACGCGGAGGAGCUGGCCAGAGACCUGCGGGAGGCCGGCCACGAAGCCGAAGCGGGGUCGCUCCUGCUGGCUGCGAGGGGGACUCACCGGGCCUUGAGAACGUUCAGCACGGCCCUGAGCGCGGGCCGGCACUGGGUGUGAGCGCCGGCCCGCGGCCCACGCGGCCUCGAUGGCGUCUCACUCCUAGGCGGACCGGCGUCCAGAGCCAAUGCUGUUCCCAGAGGCCACGCCUGGGCCUGUCCACUCUUCUCGGUGGUCCCAGCAGAUUGAAAUAAAGCUGUACAUAAACGAUGA